CCGCCGAUGGCUUUCUUUUUUUUUUUUCCUAACAGGCGGCGGUAUCGACUGUUCUCUCGACGAGUAAUUACCAAAUAAUUUUCAUACAGAAUGCCUCUUCCUCCGGCACUUCUGGCCCGCUUGGCCAAGAGAGGGAUCGUUAAACCAACAGAUCACGAUGCAGAUGAGGAGAUUAUCGCUGAAGAUUACGAUGACAACAAUGUUGAUUAUGAAUCCACCAGACUCGAGAACCUUCCUCCAAACUGGUACAAAGUGUUCGAUCCGUCUUGCGGUCUUCCUUACUACUGGAAUGUAGAGACAGAUAUGGUGGCCUGGCUUUCACCAAAUGACCCCACUGCAGUUAUAACAAAACCUGCCAAAAAAGUGAAGGCUGAUGUCACAGAUGAAAGAGCAGAGAGGCCGAUUGAAAAGCCAGAGAAGGAACGAGAUCGGGAUCGCGACAGAGACCGAGAUCGGGACCGAGACCGGGAGAGGGAUAGAGACAGGGACCGAGAACGGGACAGAGAGAGAGACAGAGACCGGGACGAAGGACGGGACAGACGGAAGCAGAGGAGAGACGACAUGCCACCGUACGGCAAAAGCAAAAGAGGAAGAAAAGAUGAUGAGAUGGACCCAAUGGACCCGAGUGCUUAUUCUGAUGCUCCAAGGGGCUCCUGGUCAAGCGGCCUCCCCAAACGCAACGAAGCAAAGACGGGCGCAGACACGACCGCAGCCGGGCCGCUGUUCCAGCAGCGGCCGUACCCGAGUCCCGGGGCGGUGCUGCGGGCUAACGCCGCGAACCAUCCGCCCAAGGAGUGAACCGGGAUCCCGGCAAGAUGGGAAAAAGGUCCAGAGAGGAGACAGAAGAACAAAGAUCCCGAAUGGACGGCCGCAAACACACAAAUGUUGCGACCGCGUUAGUAUGGAAACACCUGAGGGACUUUUUUUUUUGUGCGUUAUCUCGCAAAUGUACAACGGAAUAUUAGCGCCAUACAAAAAAAUAACAUUACAAGAAUAAAAUCAAAAUAAUAUUAGAAUAGUCAUAUUUCAAGACGUCGUAAUAUUGUGUUAAUAAGGACAUUACGAGAAUAAAGUCAUAAUUUAAUGAAAAUAAAGUAAUAUUACCAGAAGAACUUUAACUAAUGCAAAAAUAUAGUAAAAUUGUAGGAAUAAGUCACAAUAUUUAGACUAUUAUUGUACAAGUUUAUUCUUUAUUAAUAUUUCUUCAUUACUGAUUAUUUUGGCUCAAUUAUUCCCUACGAUUAGCAUCACAUCCAAACCAAACAUUAAACUCUCACCGGUUCACAUUGUCGUAAUGUGACUGUAUUUAUCUAUAACUUUAUUCUUAAAAUAUGACUAUUAUUUCAACGUUAUUCUCAUAAGACAUCUCGUAAUGACUUCAUUCUCGUAUUUUUGUCAGAUUUUCAGUAUGGCCCCAACACUCCGUUGUACAAAAGUUUUUCGUUCCCUCGCAACAACAUACCAGUUAAUUCAUGCAGCAUCUUGAAUGCCGAGUCUUUCUGCUGCAAUAUGAUGUAUUUCCACGUAUAUAAACAUCUGAAAUUUUAAAUAGUUUUCUCUAGGAUACAGGUCAAACAAAAACCCAGAAACUUUCCAUAAGAAAAUAUAUCCAAGCUAUUUGGACUACUUUUAUUUUCACGGUGUAAUAAAUAAUUUGGUUUUGUCGUCUAAAUGGUUAAUAAAGGGACAUUUUCAUGUGCAUAACACAAACAAGAAAAACACAGAUAAAUCAAUUUUCAACCAGUUUCUGCACUAAAAAGUGAAGAAUAUUUAGAUAUUCAGAGGCUCUGUUAAGGUCCAUGUCAAUAUGCUAGUUUGCUAGUUUACUGCGAGGGAAUGCAAAAGAAAAACUAAUGUCUUAAACAUUUUAUUUUUAGAUGUGUGGAUCCAUGCAAACAUGUUGUAAAUAUGUUUUAUAUUAAAUAUUAACUGUUUUGUUGCUA